UUCCCGUCUUCGCGUGCGGCGGCGCUCCCCAUCCCACCACGUCUCUCCUCCGCGCGGUACCACCGCCCCUCUGCUCCGACGGCGGCAGCCUCCCCUGCGUUGUGGCGCCAAGGACAGCGCCACCCUCCCGUGCGUGAAGCCGCCUAGGCCGACGUCUCCCUGCGUGCGUGGCAUCGUCCAGGCCGGCGUCUCCCUCCCGCGCGUGGCGUCCCGGGGGCCAUGGCCUUCGCGUGUGCAUCCCAUGUGCGCCGCCUCCUCCUCCACCCCGGCGCCGGAGCUCCGGCGAGAUCCUUCUACGCCCAGCCCUACCAAGCCAAGGUAGGCGUGGUGGAGUUCUUGAACGGCGUCGGGAAGGGGGUGGAGACGCACGCCGCCAAGUUGGAGGAGGCCGUAGGCGGCGAUCUCCAGAGGCUGCUCGAGACCCGCACGCUGCGGCUCAAGAAGCUCGGCGUCCCCUGCAAGCAUAGAAAGUUGAUUUUGAGUUUUGCUCACAAGUACCGUCUUGGUCUUUGGAAGCCCCCGGCAGAAGCCAGGAAAGCGCAAUAAAAGUUGGUUUGUUUUUGAAGUGUUGACUUGGGAGAACUAUGUGAUGUUACUGGGCUGAAGCAUGUUUGGGACAUUGAAUAAUUGUGUUGUGACGUGGGUGCCGCAAUCAGAAUGUUCUUGAAAUCCAACCUAUAACUGGCCCUGUUGAUGCUACUCAGGAUUUCUCUUUGUUAGUUUUGGGCAAUUGUCUAGAAAUUUUCUUUGUUGCAGAAACCAUCAUCACCCUAUUGUACCAAAUUGCUGUUGUCUUGCGCCUGCAGGAGAUUGAAAAUUGCACUGAACUGACAGUAAGAGAAAGGACACCUGCGAUCACACUUGAUGCACCAGUAUUUGAAGACUGCAAUAGUCACUCGUUGCUAGAAAUGGUAUCUUGUUACAGCUGAAAAAACAUUGGUUGGGCUACACUCAAUGCAGUGCGUGUGCAUGCUUGUAAUGUGACGAGAGCGACAGAUAUGGUAACA